GUUGAUAAAUAUUAUUUUUGCAUUGCGGCUUUAAACGUGAUUAAGAUCGGAGAAGCUAGCUUUUCAGAGGUAUUUGCGGGUUAUGCGCCCAAGUUUACCUCGGUAAAAACAAAGUGCGUGUUCAAGAUAAUCCCAUUUGGACGCGGAAAAGAGGUCUUAAUAAACGGCGAAGAGCAAUGUAGUAUAAAGGACAUAUCACAAGAGGUUAAAAUAACACGAGAGUUAGGAGGAAAGACUGGGCUUGACCCUUUACUGAGAGUCGGUUUCUUGCAAUUAUACAGUGUCGGUAUAUGUCGUGGUAAAUAUCCUAUAGAAUUACUUGAUGAAUGGGAUAGAUGGGAUGCAGAAUUUAAUUCAGAAAACGAUCGCCCUGACUAUUUCGAUGCCAAACAACUUUAUGUAAUAUUUGUUGUUGAGCAUGGAGGAAUUUCCCUUGAAGACUUUAAGCUAAAGAACUGGGAACAAGCCUGGAGUCUACUUAUUCAAGUUGGAUUGGCUUUAGCUCAAGCCGAACAGUCUCUAAAAUUUGAACACAGGGAUCUACAUUGGGGUAAUAUUACAAUAAAACCCACGAAGAAUAAGAUCGUAUCAUAUGAAUUACUCUCGGCGGAAAUCAAUGUACAAGUUCCUACACAUGGCAUACGCGCUUUUAUAAUUGAUUAUACAUUGUCUCGUAUGCAAUGCGGAAAUGAGAUUAUCUAUGUUGAUAUUUUAGACGAAGGAUACUUUACAGGCCAGGGAGAUUAUCAGUUCGAUAUUUACCGCAUGAUGCGUGAAGAGACUAAGGGUGACUGGAGGAAACUCAGUGAACAACAUCGAUAUUUCGAUGCAAUUACUGGAUUCAGGAAACGUGCAUUAAAUAAAGGAGGCUACAGGAGCGCAAUUGACGCGAUAACAA